AAACUUCAUGUGGAAAAAUUAUUCAUUUCACCAGUGACAUUAGGAUCUACUUAUGACCUUUGCUGGUACAUGGAUCACCUAUCUCAGCUUUCUAAAGAAUCUGAGCAUUAAUUCCCAACCACAAAAAAACCCAAACUGGGAAGAAAUGGAUCGCGACCCACUUGUAAGUUGCCAGGUGCAUCAACUCUGUCCACACUAGAAGAGAAUCAACUGCUUGAGACUGCAAAUGACAGUGGCCUUAAAAGUAUGUUUGAGACAACUUCAAGUCUCCAUACAUUUUGGAUUAAAGUCAAGGAAGAAUAUCCUGAGAUUGCCACAAAAGCACUGAAAAGCCUGCUUCCAUUUCCAACAUCCUAUCUUUGUGAAGCAGGGUUUUCUGCAAUGAUAGCAACCAAAAUGAGAUUACAGAGUAGACUGGACAUAAUCAACAGGCUUUGGGUGUCACUGACUCCCAACACUCCCAGAAGAGACGGUCUAGUUGUGGAAAACAAGCUCUGGCCUCCCACUGAUUCUACAUUAUGGUACACAUAUAUACAGAAAGAAGAGACCUUUUUCUUCUUCAAUGCUACCUAAAAGAAGACAGUUAUCUCAUAUUUGGCUGCCAGCUUCUUAUCUUUCUCUCAACCACUUAAAACUUCAGACUUCCUCUCCUGCUGGUAUCAUGGAGAAAGUCCAACACCUCACUCGCUCAGCUAUAAGAAGAGCCUCAACCAUUGAAAUGCCUCAACAAGCACGUCAAAAUCUACAGAAUCUAUUUAUCAAUUUCUGUCUCAUCUUAAUAUGUCUCUUGCUGAUCUGUAUCAUCGUGAUGCUUCUCUGAAGUUCUGCUACAACCUCUAGAUCUGCAACUUGCCACAUCAGCUGAAAAUCCGUCAUCCCAUGCAGAUGGGAAAACAAUACUGUAUAACAGACCACUUCCUGAGUAGAAGAGUUUCUCUGUGAAAAGGUCAAGAUUAAGACUAAAACUUAUUGUUAGCAUAUGCAUUCAUCUGCUGGAUCUUGUAAACAUGAAAAGGGCUUUAUUUUCAAAAAUUAACUUUAAAAUAAGUGUAUAAAAUGCAACUGUUGAUUUCCUCAA